GGUCUUUCCUCUCGAAAAACGAAGCGGCCAUCUUGACAUGGGCGGACGACAUCUUUCCCUACCUGGUCAAACGUUCACGCUCAUAUUUCUCUGAUUCUAACUCGCUAAUCCGGCUAUACAUUGUUCCAACGAGCCGUCCAUUGUCAAGACUGUGAAUUGUAAGGUCUGCGUGAAUCGUUAUGCUGUUUAGUGCAAAGAGAUGGGAAUCAGUCUCGCGUGAACGUUCGUGAGUGACCGACAAAAAUCAACCGUUUCUGCCAGCUCGACCUAGCCCUCCCCCUGCUUGUCAGGGAAUAUGUACCUUGUGAUUGGAUCUGCUCAUUAGUGUAAAAUAAUAACUGACAUUUGCAAGCUGAAAACCAUUUUUGCUUUGCUGGUUCCCGUACAACAUGUCAGCAGGGAUGAGGACUACUCUUCCAACUGUUCCUGAAUCCUUACCUUCUGACCAUGUCUCCACUGCCAAGGUCAAGACUACACCGGUCAAGUCACCUCUGCGGCCGGGGUCGGAUGGCAGCAGUGGAGGUGGAGGCGGAGGUUCCGGCAGUGCAUCUGCGUCUAUCCGAAGUUCCUCCAGGCGCACUUCGGAAGAACCACACAUUGGGAAAUAUCGAUUACUGAAAACCAUCGGCAAAGGCAAUUUUGCCAAAGUGAAACUAGCCAAACAUAUUCCAACUGGCAAAGAAGUGGCUAUCAAGAUCAUCGAUAAGACCCAACUGAAUCAGGGAAGCCUGCAAAAGCUGUUCAGAGAAGUGAGGAUCAUGAAGAUACUGGACCAUCCGAAUAUCGUGAAACUAUUCCAAGUGAUAGAGACAGAGAAGACAUUGUACCUUGUUAUGGAAUAUGCCAGCGGCGGCGAAGUCUUUGAUUAUUUGGUGCUUCACGGUCGCAUGAAAGAGAAGGAAGCACGCGCAAAAUUUAGACAAAUAGUAUCUGCUGUUCAGUAUUGCCAUCAGAAAAGAAUUAUUCAUCGAGAUCUGAAGGCUGAAAAUUUGUUAUUGGAUAGUGAAAUGAAUAUCAAAAUUGCCGACUUUGGAUUCAGUAAUGAAUUCACGCCAGGAAGCAAACUGGAUACGUUUUGCGGUAGUCCACCGUAUGCCGCACCGGAACUUUUCCAGGGGAAGAAAUACGAUGGGCCUGAAGUGGAUGUCUGGUCGCUGGGAGUCAUUUUGUACACAUUGGUAAGCGGCUCACUGCCCUUCGACGGAUCCACACUUCGGGAGCUAAGAGAGCGCGUUCUACGGGGAAAAUAUCGCAUCCCUUUUUACAUGUCUACUGACUGCGAAAAUCUACUCAAGAAGUUUCUCGUUCUAAAUCCGACAAAGAGAGCAUCGCUUGAGGCGAUCAUGAAAGACAAGUGGAUGAAUAUGGGCCACGAAGAAGACGAGUUGAAACCUUUCUCGGAACCGGAAGUCGAUCUGUCUGACCUGAAGCGGAUAGAAAUCUUGGUCGGUAUGGGCUACAGCCGGACGGAGAUUGAAGACUCUCUGAAAACUCAAAAGUAUGACGACGUCUUCGCCACGUAUCUGCUGCUUGGACGAAGAUCGACCGAUCUGGAGAGUGACGGAUCCCGGUCAGGCAGUUCAUUGUCAUUGCGGGGUGUCCCUCCGCGGACAGACGCGGCUGCCGCUGCGUCUGGGCCAGCAUCUGUGCCCUCAUCGGGCCAUUCGUCUCAAUCGGGAUCAGGGACAGCAACAGUCUCUGUAAGCGCCACUGGAGGCCAGCGAAGCGUCCACCGCUCCAUCUCUGCAACGUCGUCGAAAACGGGUCGUCGAGCGUCAUCGGGUGGUGAGACGCGCGAAGCUGCCACUAAUGCCAGUGCCUCGGGUGCCGCCACGGCUGCUGCCUCCGGUGCUAAUGCCGGAGCAACAACCGUUACGACUGGCAACCGUGCCUCGGCGGCUGCCACGCCCCAGGUCGCCAAUCACAGUUCGAGCGGAGUAGCGCCCACCAACUUUUUCCGUCGCCAGAACACGGUCGACUCGGCCACUAUUAAAGAAACAUCCGCUCGACUGGGAGCGGGCAACGCCUCCAGCGGGGGUCCGACGGGCGUCCGGCCACUGGCUUCGCCAGCUGCCAUCAAAAAUGCUACUGCCAAUCCAACUGGUAAUGCAGGAGCUGCUAGUCCAAGUAGCAGCUUGUUCGGCAAACCAAGGGGAUUAACGAAAUCGAACACAAUGGCGGCCAACGCCAAUCGUACUCUGGGCCCAGGAACGACGUCUGUCGGCCGCCGCUCAACCAUAGGUUACGAAUCAAAGUCUUCCUCGAGUGAAAAAACCAAUGCCAUUGGCGGCGAUGCUCUUACCACUGCUGGACGUACGGUGAGUGGGGCACCGAGUACGGCGGGAGGAGCUUCAGGUGCAGGCACUCCUACCGGGUCAGGAUCGAGCACCAACCGUUUCCCGACGGGACAGUUCCCCCGCAAUGUUCCCAGUCGUUCGACAUUCCAUAGCGGUCAAAACCGCCCCAGAAAUCAGGCAGCCACGUAUGGCGGCGCUGCCGGCGGAGGGAUGGCUGGAGCCGACUCGUCCGGUUUGGGACCUUCGUCGCGCACUUCGUUCUUCUCGAAGCUGUCCUCGCGCUUUUCUAAACGUAACGUAAAUGAUGACCAAGUGAAGCCGCGAUCCCUACGCUUCACGUGGAGUAUGAAGACUACUUCCUCGCGCGACCCUAAUGAAAUCAUGAUGGAAAUCCGCAAGGUUCUUGACGCCAACAACUGCGACUACGAACAGCGCGAGAGGUACCUCCUCCUCUGCGUCCACGGCGACCCAAAUACCGACUCCCUUGUCCAAUGGGAAAUCGAGGUAUGCAAACUACCUCGCCUCUCCCUGAACGGUGUACGCUUUAAGCGCAUCUCUGGAACGUCGAUUGGAUUCAAAAAUAUUGCUUCUAAAAUAGCCAACGAACUGAAACUGUGACUACCAGCCGUCUCUGAUUAUUCCGACUCAGAGAACGAUUGAAUAAAAAGAAGAAAAGAAAGAAAGAAAAAGACAAAAACAAAGAAAAACAGAGUUUAAAAAUAGAAAAAAGAGAGGAAAAAAAAAAAUUCAAAGACUUGUACAACAUUUUUAAUAAGGAGCGCGCAAGCUAAGCUCUUGAAUGGUGUCCACAGUUUCCGAGUGAAAAAACCGAUAAGCGCUCAGUUUUUGUUUUUUUCUUUUGUUUUUUUUUUUUCUUUCUUUCUUUCAGUUUUUUUUAAGCACCUUGAUACGUUGAACGACUUUAUUGGUUGGCAUAAUGGAAACGGGCUGGAAUUGGUGCUUCUCAACUUAAGCUAUACACCGGCCCAUCCCCACCCAACAAACAUCCCGAAAAACACUUUCUCUGUUCUCUCUGUUUAUUCCCCCUUCCACCUGUCCAUUCUCUCUUUCUCUCUCACACAUCUUUUAUCUAUAUUAAUUUCCUUGCCCUGCCAACAUUUCCUCAGUCCUUUCUACAAGCUGUCAUGUUUCCUCCAACUUGUUGCCCAUGAUUAUGUCCAGCAUUGCAAAUGACUUUGAUUUUUUUUUUCUUUUUUUUUUUGCCCUCUUUUCGUGUAUUUUUCCCCCCUUAUCAUCUUAUUGGGAUUCUCUACCCCAGGAACAAGCAAGCGUGUAGCUAUAAAUGUUCACCCAAAUUCGUCCAUCGCUAACCAACCGAGGCGCUACGAGCAUGGCGCUCCAGAUUGACACACACACACACACACUACAUCCACUCGCCAAUCUAGUUCUCUUCCAUCUUUCAUCAUUUUUUUCCCCUUUUCAAUAUUUUCCGUCUAUAUAAUCAUAUAGGAUGGACUUGCAUUGCUAUGGCAGUUGCAUUGAAUAUUUCCCUUUUCUUUCCCUAAUUUUUUGUUUGUUUUUUUUUAGUUUUUGUUUCUCUUCAUUCUGAAAUGUGUAUAGCAUAUUGUGUGCGAAUGUAAGUGCGUAUGUGAGACAAGAGAGAGAGCGUGUGUAAGGGGGGAGGUUCAUUGGGCGCGCUGCUAGUUAAUGAUGGUGUAGAUUCGGUAUUCUCUCUUUAUCACAUGUUUUUUCUCUGUUUCUUUCCGUAUUCCUCCUUCUCUUCUUCCUCUUUAUUUUUUUUCCUCUCUCCUUGUUGUGUAGCUCACAGUGUGUAGUGAAAUUGGACAAAUCCUAGGGUAUCGGUAGUACCUCUACUUUUUUUCGUACUCUGGUCUGCUGAUUAACCUACCGUUUUGUUUCACAACUUUCCCUCUCCCACUCGGAUGUUUUUUUAAUGAUUAAUAUUAAUAUCAUUUAUUAUUAUAAUAAUUUUCACCACCAAUCCCACGUCACUCUCCUUCGUCGCCCACAUUAUGUUUCUGACCUGCUGCACCGUAUCUUUAUGAGAAAUGAGCUGUACGCGAUUAUCCUCAUCGUUGAAUUCAUCUUUAAAAAUAUCAUCCCCCUUUUUUUCUCGGUUGA